GCCAGGUUCCUUGGAAAGUUUCGCUUGCAGUAAAUUGCAUUAAGUGUCUACAAAAUGAAUAAAGUGCUAAUAUUUCCCAUUGUGUGCCUUAUUGCUUGCUCUUGGAUUGGUUUGACCACAUCUCUCGACUGUUACGUUUGCGACAGCACUUCGGGUCAGAACUGCAACGACAAACAAUCGGCAAAAUGCGAUCCAGAAUUGGCUCAGCAAACGGUGAAUUAUGCUCGCAAAUAUUUAAGUGUGAAUGAAACGAUAUUAAAUACCACCAGUUCGACAUACAUUUGUGUGUUUGACACUAUUUUACGUAACAAUUUUAUGCAGUUUUAUUACGGCUGCUCCUACAGCACUAUAGAUAUUUGCUCAUUCACGGCUGUUGGAUUCAUACGAUAUAACUUUUGCAACAACUGUAACACGAGCGAUUGCAAUACCAAUAACAACGGUUAUUACACUAACAACGGCAAUUACAGUUCAACGUAUAGCUUUACCUUGACAGCGAGCAUUAUCUUGGCUUUGAUAGCGAAACUCUUUUGUUACUGAGUAAACGCAGUGAAGCGGUAUUUCAAUUUAGUAUCGCAUAAAAAUUGCAGAGUCAUUGAU